AUGGCCCCUAACAAGCCAGUGAAAGUACACAGUCCUGAUGGACUUCAAAUGCCCAUGUUCAGUCAAGCGAUAGAAUACAAUGGUCUUGUCUACGUCUCUGGCAACAUCGGCUAUGAUAACAAGACGCUAACACCCGUCGGCGUCGGCGUUGCCGACCACACUCGACAGAUCUUGAAGAACAUCCAGAUUGUCCUACGUGCGGCCGGCUGCUCCAAACCGAGUGGUGGACUGAGCAACAUCAUCAAGGCGAACGUCUUCUUGACAGACAUGAAGGACUUCAGCGCUCUGAACGGAGCAUGGGUGGAAGUUCUCACCGCAGCACAAAAGGAAGACGGACUCAUUGGAGAAGGCCAGGAGGCUGUCAUGCCGGCUAGGACGUGUGUCCAGGUUGCGGCGCUGCCAUUUGGAACGGAUGUGAGUACCGAGUCUCCUUGA